AUGGCUGGCGGAAGGCCUCGGAAAGCAGCGUCCAUCGCGACGCUCAUCAUUGUAUGCCUUGUAUUCUUUGUUGACAUUGCCAAUAUCGGCAUGGCAAACAUAGCUCUCCCCACGAUCCAGGAGACGCUCGGCUAUGAUGAUGGCUCGCUGCAAUGGGUCCUCACCGCCUAUGCCCUAACGUUUGGAGGCUUCCUCAUGGCUGGCGGACGCCUUGGUGACAUCUUUGGCCACAGAAACAUUCUCGUCUUCGGCAUGACGUUGUUCAACCUGGCGACCCUCGUAUGCGCCCUAGUCCAAGACAAGAUCGGCCUCGUCGUGGGGCGCGCCUUUCAGGGGCUCGCCGCUGCCUUGACCAUCCCGGCCGCCCAGUCGCUUGUUGCCCUGUCGUUCGACGAUCCUCAGAGUCGAAUCAAGGCAUUCGGCGCCUGGGGAGCGGCGGGCUCAACAGGUUUUGUCUUCGGUCCUAUCAUCGGCGGGCUGUUUACCUCUCUCGUCUCCUGGGAAUGGAUCUUUUGGCUCAGCCUCAUCGUCGAAGGGGCACUUCAGCUUGUCGCAACAUCCCUGCUACUAACCCACAAUAUCCCGGGUGCAUCCUCCCAAUCUCUCCCGGACGCUGACAAGAUGCCAAGCAAAUGGUCCAACCUCCAUGUGCGACUCGAUAUCCUGGGCACCUUUUUUUCCAUCACGGGCCUCGUUCUCCUCGUCUAUGGUCUGACGACCGGCAAUAUCCACGGUUGGAAGGAGCCUGGUGUCGUCGCUACCCUCGUCGCUGCCGUCUGCCUCCUGGCCAUCUUUGUCAUUGUCGAACGUAAAGUGGCCGCCGAUCCGAUACUCCCAAGCUACAUGUUCGACAGCAGGGUUCGGGUGAUCGGAUGUGCGGCGGCCGCCUUGACGUACGCCAUCUGGCAGGGUAGCAACUAUCUCCUGACUCUCCAGCUUCAGAGCUUCGGCUUCUCUCCGCUAUCCACCGCUCUUCGCUUCCUCCCCCUCGGAAUCACCGCCAUGCUUGUCAACCUCAUCAUUCCGAUGCUUCUCAAGGCUCUUGGCGCCCGCACCCUCCUCCUUGCCAGCUGGCUCCUCUGCGCCGCAGGACUCGUCCUCCUCUCCCGCAUGGGCUCUGCUGACGACUACUGGCCACUGUGCCUUCCCGGCAUGAUUUUGUACAUUGCAGGUGUCGGUACCGUCUACUUUGUCGGGAACGUGACGGUCGUCGCGACGGCUUCUGAGGCGCUCCAGGGUACCGUGUCGGGCGUCUACAACAUGUUUCUGAACGUCGGCGGUGCCGUCCUCGGUGUUGCUCUUCUCACGGUCAUCUCUGACUCGGUCACGUCAAAAGCCGGGGGUAAGAAGGACUCCAACGCACUGCUCGAGGGUUACAGGGCUGGCUACUACGGAGCCAUAGCCAUGACAGUUAUUGGCUUUAUCCUGGCCAUCUUCUUCUCAUCGACCAAGACCAAUGACGCUGUCGAAACCCAAAGAGAGUCGUCAAAACCUGAGCAGGAUAGAAAAAGCGCUACCAGGGUCGUGCCGAAAGAGCCAGUGGCUGCGAAUGGGUGA